AUGAUUCAAGUUCCCAGCACAACGGCCGACCUUGAGCGUCCUCACGCCGAGGGUGAGCGGUCCGACAAGGAUGCCGCGCUGGCGGUGGUCAGCGAUGUGGCGAUGGAGAUCGAUCCGGAGGUGGAGAAGCGAGUCGUGCGCAAGAUUGACCUCUUCUUCAUGCCGGCCAUGCUGAUCGGGUAUGGGUUGGUAUACUGGGAUAAGGUGCAGGCCAUCCUUGGAAGUGCGGCGCUGUUUGGCAUGACGACCGACCUGCAUUUGGUGGUCAUCGACCACAGCACGACGCCGCCGUCAAAAGACACCUCUCGGCUCAGCUGGGCGACUUCCAUUUUCUACUUUGGUAUGCUGGCUGGUCUCUAUCCGAUGACCUUCUUCUUGCAGCGAUUCAAGAUCCAGCAUGUCUUUGGGCCGAUUGUCAUGCUGUGGGCUAUCACCUGUGCUGCCACCGCGGGCGUAACGACCUGGCAGGGCUUGUUUGUUCAGCGUUUCUUCCUGGGCUUCGUGGAAAGUGUGGUCCCCACCGGCUUCAUGACCAUUGUCAGCGGCUACUACACGCAAAAGGAGCAGUCUCUGCGCCAGGCCUGGUGGUUCUCCGGCACGGGGUGGUUCACCAUCAUCGGCGGCGCGAUGAACUAUGGAUUCGGACAGAUCACCUCCGGCUCGUUGAAGCGCUGGCAGUACAUCUACAUCUUUGCCGGCGUGCUGACCUUCCUAUUUGGCCUGUGGUGCUGCGUGAUGCCCAAUUCGCCCGUCUCGGCCUGGUUUCUGACGCGAGAGGAGCGCGUCGUCGCUGUCGAGCGGCUCCGCAAGGGCCAGACGGGUGUGCGCUGCCAGAAGAUCAAGCUCGAGCAGAUCAAGGAGUCUGCUCUGGAUGUGAAGAUGUACCUGAUUGCGAUCAUGAUGGCUGCUGCCUAUACAAUCAACGGAGCAAUCUCCGGGUUCGGCCCCCUCAUCGUCUCCACCUUUGGCUACAACACGCUCGACUCGAUCCUCUUCCAAUUCCCCGUCGGCGGCAUCUGCCUCAUUUUCAUCCCGUUGUGCGGCUAUGUCGCGUCGCGCGUCCCCAAUACCCGCAUCCCCAUGCUCAUCACCUGCUGCCUCCCCGUCCUCGCGGGCUGCGCCAUCAUCUGGAAAUCCACCUGGGGGUACCAGCCCGCUGCGCCGGUGGUCGGGUACGCCCUGACGGGCUUCUUCGGACCGGUGGUCAGUCUCAUCAUCACGCUGGGCGCGAGCAACGUCGCGGGGGCCACAAAGAAGACCGUCAUGGCUGCGACGGUGUUCGUGGCGUACACGGUGGGCAACAUUAUCGGCCCGCAGCUUGUCAAGACGCAGACGGUCAAGCAGCAUUACCCGGAGCUCUGGACGGGGUUGAUCAUCUGCUACUGCAUUACGAUUGCGGCGGCGGUGGCGCUGUACCUGGUCCUGGGGAGGGAGAACCGGCGCCGGGAGGCGCUGGAUCUGGACGAGAGCCAGCGGGAUAAGCUGGCGUUUAACGAUCUGACGGAUAAGGAGAAUCCGUUCUUCAGAUACGUCUUGUAA